UAAUCCGAACGUUACUUUGUUGUCCCCAAAGCAUCAGCACAUAUUGUUGGCUCAGUUCCAAACUUUUCCAACUAACAACACAUGCAUUCGGACAAGGCACUUCCCAACCAACAUGGGGACCAGCAUUGCCGACGAAGAAUGCUUUUUUUGUCAAAAGGAUUGCUCCAUCCGAUGCUCAGCCUGCGGGUUAUCUGCUUGCUCGCCCCAACAUUUAACCCUUCAUCGACCCAAGGCCUAUUGUUUUCCAUUCCGCAUUCAGUCCAAACCAGAGGUGGGCCGAUAUAUCGUAGCCACACGAUCCAUUUCGCCGCUGGAGGUGAUCCUGGAGGAUGACCCAGCUGUGUUUGGUCCCAACCAUGACACGGAACCCGUCUGUUUGGAGUGUCUGGUUCCGGUGGAUGGAGCGUACUUGUGCUCUCAGUGUCACCUACCUCUUUGUGGCGACAAGUGUGACCAGAUCCGGAAGUACCAUGCUAGAGAAUGCCAGCUUUUAUCCCAGACACCCAAGGGCUAUAAAAUGCGCGUGGACUUCAACCGAGUUGGAAAGCAUCCGGGGAUGAAGGCCAUUGCUCCCGAGUAUUGCUGCAUCUCGCCAUUGCGCCUACUGGCCUUGAAGGCCCAAGACCCAGAGCUCUGGGAUCGCGUUCAAAUGCUCAUGGACCACGACGAUGACAGGCGGAAAGAGGAGGAUUACUGGAAAAUGUUCCAGGUGAACGCGGUGGAUUUUCUCCGGCAGAUUUGCGGCUUUGAUUUCACCGAAGAGGAGAUCUUUCGCGCCACGGGCAUUAUUCGCACCAAUGCCUUCCACGUUCAGCAUCCCUACAUGAAGAUCCACGACGCUUCCGGGGGCGCCGUGUUCCCCACGUUUUCCUUCCUGUCCCAUUCUUGCUUGGCCAAUGCCCGAUACAGCGUCUCAUCGGACAACCAUCUGACCCUUCGAGCUCAGAGGGAGAUUCCAUCGGGGGCGGAAAUCACCAUUCAAUACCUAUCCUUUAUGUUUGGAGACUUGAAACGAAAAUGCGAAAUCCAGGACUGCUGGUUCUUCCAAUGCACUUGUCCCAGGUGUGACGAUCCCACGGAGUGCGGUUCGUACUUAAGUGCUCUCAGAUGCCAGAAGUGCACUUUCGGACCAGUUCUCACUUCGAACCCACGUAAUCUCAAGGCAUCAUGGAGUUGCCAGUCAUGUCAACACAAGAUGUCCCAUGAAGAGGUGGAUGAGGUGUGCACUCGAUUUGAUCAAGUGGUUCGUGGUAUCAAAGUGGGCGAUGUCGAAGCCUACGAAACGACUCUGGAGAGGAUGCUGGAGGAGCUUCAACCAACGCAUUACUUGGUGCUGACGGUCAAGAAGUAUCUGUGCGAUUUCUACGGUUUCAUUCAGGGAUACAAAUAUGACCAGCUCCCCGUGGACAAAUUUGAGGCCAAGAUUCGUUACGGUGAGGAAUUUCUGGCCACCCUAUCCAAAGUCGAUCCAGGAUGUCCAAAGUGGAAAGGUUUACUCUUGUUUGACCUUCACAAGGCCUUGAUGAUCAAAUCCAAUGCGGACUACAACCAAGGUCAGAUGUCGAAGGACGAUUUCCUCCUGAAAUUGAAGCAAAUCCAAAGCUAUUUAGCCGAGGCUCGGCAAAUUCUGGACGUGGAACCCGACGGGACCAGGGAACGACAUCUGGCGUCCCAAGCUCAAAAGGCCAAAGCCAAUAUCGACGAGAUCUUGUUGUUCUCAAACUUCAUAUGACCAUCCAAUGUACGAAAGCAAUGGUGACCCCAUUCAUA